UGUCAUGUCACCUGCCACAUCCACCUCGUCGCGCGGCGCGCAGAUGUAGCGCGAUGCUCGCGUGAGGCACGCCCGGUGCUCGUUCGCGAUGGAGAACCACGAGGAGGACGAGCUGGAGGAGCUCCGCUCCAUGGUCUACACGUUCUCGCCGAACGUGCAGAGCGUGAUCGAGCAGGUCUUGACUACGGAUGACCCGUUAGACCAGCCCAAUUUCAACGUGGUGGACUACAUAAACACGUUAUUUCCAUCGGAACAGUCGCUGUCGAAUAUCGACGACGUAGUGAAUAAAAUAGAGAAUAAGAUACAUACCAUCGACAGAGACAUACGGACGGUGGUGCGCAGUCAGACAAAUGUGGACCAGGAUGGUAGAGCGGCAUUGGAAGAUGCGCAGAAGGUGAUAAGGCAGUUGUUCGUCCACAUCAAAGACAUCAAGAACAAGGCGGAGCAGUCCGAGGAGGUGGUCAAGGAAAUCACGAGGGACAUCAAGCAGCUGGACUUUGCCAAGAAGAAUCUUACCGCCUCGAUAACGGCGCUGAACCAUUUGCACAUGCUUGUGGACGGAGUGGAUAACCUGAAAGUAUUAACGCAAAAGAAGCAGUACGGAGAGAUUAUCUUGCCGCUGGAAGCGGUGAUGGAGGUGAUGCAACAUUUUAGCAGUUACAUGGACAUACCGCAAGUGAAGCAACUGUCCGAUCAAGUACGCCAGAUCCAGGAUGAGUUGGCCCAGCAGAUUACAGCGGAUUUCAAGCAGGCCUUCUCGGGCCAGAAUCCAAAGCAUUUCAAUCAGCUGACGGAAGGAUGUUCAGUAUUAUCAGUAUUACACCCUAAAGUGAAGAAAGAUCUGCUCGUCUGGUUUGUAAAUAUCCAAUUGCAAGAGUACGCACAUUUGUUCGAUGAGAAUCAGGAUUUCGCCUGGUUGGAUAAGAUAGAUCGGAGGUACGCGUGGAUCAAGAAACACCUGCUCGACUUCGAGUCCAAGUUCGGCACGAUUUUCCCCCAAGAUUGGGAAAUUUCCGAGCGAAUAGCUGUGCAAUUCUGCCACGUUACACGUGAAGAUCUCACAAAAUUGAUGAAUAAGAGACGUAACGAGAUAGACGUUAAGCUGUUGCUUUACGCGAUUCAGAGAACCAGUAAUUUUGAGACGCUGCUAGCGAAGCGUUUUAUCGGCAGCACUUUGGAGACCACGGACGCUAAGAACGCGACAGUCAGUAGCGAAGUCGCGGAAAAAGCCCCGGGAAAUCCUUUCGAAGAAGAAGAUAGGAAGGUUGAAAACGAAAAACCGAGGCCGUCUCCAUUCGAAAAGCUAAUAGGAAGAUGCUUCGAGCCGUACUUGAGCAUUUAUAUAGAAAGCUUGGAUCGCAAUUUGGCCGAUCUGAUGGAGAAAUUCGUGACAGACGCUAAGACGCAACCGCCAGGUGCCAAGGAAUUUGACGGCAUUGAAGGCCCGAGCAGCGUCCUGAGCUCGUGUGCCGAUCUGUUUGUAUUUUACAAGAAGUGCAUGCUGCAAUGCACGCAACUCAGCACCGGUUUAAUCAUGCUGAGCCUUGCCGAGACUUUUCAAAAAUACCUACGGGAAUAUGCAGUUAAGAUCUUGCAAAAUAAUUUACCCAAAAUCGGUGGUAGUGCAGGAAUUGGCACAAGUAUGAGCAAUAUCACACGUGACUUCCGAGAUCUAUCCACGUCAGGCUUUAUUCAGAAUUUUCAAAGUUUUUUGAAGGAGGGAGAAACUGCCAGAUUUAGUAAAGAGGAACAAUCUCGUAUAUGCUGUAUUUUGACAACGGCGGAAUAUUGUUUAGAAACGACACAGCAAUUAGAGGAGAAACUUCGUGAGAAAACUGAUGAAUGCUGUUCGGAAAAAAUUAAUUUAUCUCAAGAACAGGAUAUCUUUCAUAACGUGAUUUUUAAUUGUAUUCAGUUGCUGGUUCAAGAUCUGGACGCAGCAUGUGAAUCCGCAUUUACUGCAAUGACUAAGGUGCAAUGGAGUUCUGUGGAGGUCGUGGGCGAUCAAAGUAAUUAUGUCAAUACAAUAAUAGCGCAUCUCCGACAAACAAUACCGACCAUACGAGAUAGACUGUCUUCUUGUAGAAAAUACUUCACACAGCUUUGUGUCAAGUUCGCUAGCUCUUUCAUAGCAAAAUUAGUACAGCAAUUAUUUAAGUGUAAGCCAUUAAAUGCCGUCGGCGCAGAGCAACUGUUGUUGGACGUCCAUAUGUUGAAGACGGCAUUGCUGGAUCUUCCGUCGACAGGUUAUCAAAUACAGAGAAAGGCUCCAGUAACAUAUACCAAAGUUGUGGUGAAAGGUAUGGCAAAUGCUGAAAUGAUAUUGAAGAUUGUAAUGUCCCCAAUUGAAUCUCCCAGUGACUUCGUAAAGCAGUGCAAUAUACGCUUGCCCGACUUGCAUGUCUCAGAAUUCCACAAAAUUUUAGAUAUGAAGGGAUUGAAAAAGACGGAUCAACUUCUGUUGCUCGAGCAAUUUAAACAGUCCGAAAACACGGACGCUGCGAACGCUACGAAAAGUCAUAUAGUACAUAAUAGCCCGGAACAUGAAGCUGGAAGAAUCAAGAGGCUAGAGAAACUCAUCAAGAAACGAAUUUGAGGAUAUUAGAUAUCAUAAACAUUGUCAUUGUAUAUAGCUAAGUUAGGAAUACAUUCUUAUUUUAAGAUAACAAAGAUCCUUUAUAUACAAAACAGAAGGAGAAAUGUGAAAUGUAGGGGUGCUUCAUCAAAUAAAUACCGCUAUCAGAUGUA